AUGACACCACGAACGCGAACGAGCAACAAAGAAGCCAACUUUAAAGUCUACUACUCCAAGAAAGUACCACAGCAGGUGUAUUUUCCGCAUAAGAAGAAGGCAGUGCGAAGGCCCGACCCAACAGAGCAAGAUGGGGCCGAUAAGAGGCAAAUGAAGUUCCUGCCAGAGAAGAUGAGGCAGCAGAAGGUAGAUGUUGAGGACGACUCAGAGGAUGGUGAAAAGAAAGAGGGCUCGACGGCCCAAAGCACGGUAGAUGAUGAGUUCCCAAAUCCUUCGCCAACGAACCCAAGGAAGGACAAAAAGCGGAGAAGCGGCGACGCACAAGACGACCCUAGCUUAGACAGCGGCCUCACAAAUACAUCCUCUAAACGUCGAAGACACAUGGCAGCGCCGAAAGCGAGAAAACCUUCGAAGACACGCGAGAACACCGAAGUUUCCGAGGGUCCCAGUCGUACACUUCGCCGACAGUCCACAAUGACACAGCUAGUGGAGGGACGGCAACCUUCGUCAGGCAUCGAAGAGCUUGACUUCAAGCCUGUCAAACGUCGACCGCGAGCGAGUUGGGGUGGAGCAAGCACAGAUAAGGAUGGAGACAAGAAGCAACGAACGCUCACGCAGAUGAUACCAGGCAUGGGACGCUUGAGCAAAGAAGAGCUUGAUGAGCUGAGUGAUUUGGACGCAGAUCUAGAGGACGAUCAGAAGGACGAGAGAGUGUCGCAGAUUCUCGCAGAGCAAGGCCUUCUUGGAUUUACUGAUCCUCUUGGAACGACGCCUCUACCUCUCUCCGGCAAUACUGAAGUUGGCUUCAUCAAGAUCCAGGAAGAUGAGGUUCAUGGGCCGUCGAACGGAAUACACGAACAGCCUCCUGUCAUCGUGCAGUCUCUGGACAACUUGGCUGGAGGUGAUAACGAGCAAGACUACCAACCGACUCAGUUCAUCGAAGCCCCUGCUCGCAGGGCCAGACAGAUGCCACGGAGGAUGGCGACAAGGCAGCUUCCGGGCGAGUCGCUGGAUAAUGGGAGAUCUGCAAGGUCUAGGUUCAGCUUGCUAUCUACGCCUGAAAAGCGCCGGGUCUUCGAGAUACCAUCAUCGCAGUCGCCGGUCGAAUUUGUUCUGUCCACUCAGACCUCUCCGCAUAAGUCCAACAGGACUGUAUUAAGAGAUCACUACAACACCGCGGCCCUUGUUGCAGAGACACCAUCCAAGCGAAGACAAGUCACCUUUCAAGAGCAUGCUGUACAACCUGUACCACCCGCUCCUUUGAGAAAGUUUAAGAGCACUAUUCAAGACUCUGAAGAUGAAGAGGGCAGCGAUAUCGAGAAUGCAUUCAAUGCGCAGCAAAAAGCGUAUGGUACAGAUCGGACUGUAGAUGGUCAAGCCGUUGGUGCAGACACACAAGCAGUACUCAACCAGAUCGACCAAGCAUGUGCAGGUGCAGACGAGAGUUUGGCAUCAGAUAGCCCGCAAUGUCCAGAGGAGAUCGAAGGGCUCGCACUUCGGCGAGGGGCUUACCAGCUUUCACCCGAGUUAGGCGAGUCGUGGGCGCCCGUCAUUUACGAUGAUGACGGACCAGAAUACGAAUCGUAUCAAUCUGCGCGCUUGGAGGCUGGAUCGCAGUCGCUUCGAGAUGUGGCUGUCCUCUCAAGAGAAACGCUGCCUUUACUUGAUCACACCAAUGAGGUCCAGCAGAAGGAUGCAACCAACGACACAAGCCUAUCGGCUGAUAUUAUCCCCAGUACGCCACCGAUGAUACAACUACAACAGCCAGAUGAGGAACUUCCAUCAACACCAAUGGUGAUCAGAGACGAGUCUUCAGAUGAUGAAGAACCCGAGCUAGGGCCGUCUCCACCACGCACAGCGCAGCGCAUCGUCCCACAGCCAUCAUCAAUCAUGUUCCAGCAGACUGCAGAUCUAGACGGUGAACCUGUUCAGGUCCCACGCUCGCCAUCAGCGGAUCGUGAAACGCAGCAGUCUCAUUCGAGCAAAGCAGAGCAGCAGCUUCAGAGCGAAUGGCUCUCGUACUCACAGUAUGUUCAUGCCAGAGCGCCCAACUCGUCAAGUAUGCACGCUGCAGCCGACGCUUUCAGCUACAAUGCUACGCCACGACUCCCAAGUUCAGGCGCAUUGGCGGCAUCGACCCGCAUGCAAUACAGCCAAGCCACGACAGUUGACGAAGUCACACCAAAGAAGAACAGGACGCAGCGAACGGUCAGCGCAAGCACGACACCACACAGGAUCUCAAAAUCGCAGCCGUUCGUCUCACCAGACAAGCCACCGUCGUUGUUCAUACCGAGCAGCUUCCCUAGCCCAUCGCGGGCUGCAAUGGAAGGUUGGAGUAGUCCAGUAAUGGGGAGAACGCAGAAUCUGUAUGGCAGCAGUCAGGUUCUAGGGAGCCUUGAAGAAUUCAGUAUUCCGCCGCCACCGCCCGUUGAAGAUUACUGA